GAAGUUGCCUCGGUCUUCUGAGGAACAGGGCAAACUCUUGACUUCCGGCGGGGUUUUGAGGCCUCACAGUGUUUUCCUUGUCUUUUCUUACUCUCCAGUCUCUUCCUUUCUUUGUUUCUUUUUUUCCCCCUACGUCCCAGGCUGUCUCGAUCCUGGCGAAGCGGCGAGCGGGCUCUGCUUCCCAGCCAUCCCGGAGUCCCUCGCUAGGCGAGGGCCUGUUCCCGGGGUCCGCGCGCGCACCUCCCUCUCGCCGUCGUCUCCCCGGGGCCGGGCGCGGGGACAGAGAGUCGCCUCCCCCGCUCCUCGGAGCUGAGGCGGCGGUGCCACCUCCGCACUGCGCUUGCGAAAGAAGCUCGGGGAGGAGUAGUACAAAAUGUCAAAAAUUAGAAGGAAGGUCACGGUGGAAAAUACCAAGACCAUAUCUGAUAGCACAUCCCGAAGACCCAGUGUAUUUGAAAGGCUUGGACCCAGCACUGGCAGUACAGCAGAGACACAGUGCCGUAACUGGCUGAAGACUGGCAACUGCCUCUAUGGAAACACAUGUAGAUUCGUACAUGGCCCUUCACCCCGUGGUAAAGGUUAUAGCAGCAAUUAUAGAAGGUCACCAGAAAGACCUACAGGGGAUCUUAGAGAAAGAAUGAAGAACAAGCGCCAAGAUGUGGACUCUGAGUCCCAGAAACGAAAUACAGAGGAAUCAUCCUCACCUGUUAGGAAAGAAUCUUCAAGAGGGAGACAUAGGGAAAAGGAAGACAUAAAAAUCACUAAGGAGAGAACUCCAGAAAGUGAAGAAGAAAAUGUAGAAUGGGAAACUAAUAGAGAUGAUUCUGACAAUGGAGAUAUUAAUUAUGAUUAUGUUCAUGAGUUGUCCUUGGAAAUGAAGCGUCAAAAGAUACAGAGGGAAUUAAUGAAGCUGGAACAAGAAAACAUGGAGAAAAGAGAAGAAAUUAUUAUUAAAAAGGAGGUUUCACCAGAAGUGGUUAGAUCAAAGUUGUCUCCAUCACCUUCUCUAAGAAAGUCUAGCAAAUCUCCAAAGAGAAAAUCAAGCCCUAAGUCAUCAUCGUCAACUAGCAAGAAAGACAGGAAGACAACUGCAGUAUCUUCUCCAUUGUUGGACCAACAGAGGAAUUCAAAAAGCAACCAAAGUAAGAAGAAAGGACCUCGAACUCCUAGCCCACCCCCUCCUAUACAGGAAGAUAUUGCUCUGGGGAAAAAAUACAAAGAAAAAUAUAAAGUGAAAGACAGGAUAGAGGAAAAACCAAGAGAUGGAAAGGACAGAGGACGAGAUUUUGAAAGACAAAGAGAAAAAAGAGACAAGCCAAGGUCCACCUCCCCAGCAGGACAACAUCAUUCUCCAAUAUCUUCUAGACAUCACUCAUCUUCCUCACAGUCAGGAUCGUCGAUUCAAAGACAUUCUCCUUCUCCUCGCCGAAAAAGAACUCCUUCACCAUCUUAUCAGAGGACAAUAACUCCACCUUUACGCCGCUCUGCUUCUCCCUAUCCUUCACACUCUUUGGCUUCUCCUCAGAGAAAGCAAAGCCCUCCAAGACAUCGCUCUCCAGUGAGAGAGAAGGGGAGGCACGAUCAUGAGCGAACUUCACAGUCUCACGAUCGGCGUCAUGAAAGAAGGGAAGAGACUAGAGGUAAAAGGGACAGGGAAAAGGACACAAGAGAAGAACGAGAGUAUGAACAGGAUCAGAGCUCUUCUCGAGACCACAGGGAUGACCGAGAACCUCGAGAUGGGCGGGAUCGGAGAGAUGCCAGAGAUACUAGAGACCGAAGGGAACUAAGAGACUCUAGAGACAUCCGGGACUCCAGGGAGAUGAGAGAUUAUAGCAGAGACAACAAGGAGAGCCGCGACCCCAGGGAUUCUCGGUCUACUCGUGAUGCCCACGACUACAGGGACCGUGAAAGUCGAGAUGCUCAUCGAAAGGAGGACACGUAUCAGGAAGAAUCCCGAAGUUAUGGCAGAAACCAUCUGAGAGAAGAAAGUUCUCGCACUGAAAUAAGGAAUGACUCCAGAAAUGAGUCUCGAAGUGAGAUUAGGAAUGACCGGAUGGGCAGAAGUAGAGGAAGAGCUCCAGAGAUGCCUGAAAAGGGAAGUCGAGGCACAAGAGGUUCUCAGAUUGAUAGUCACAGCAGUAGUAGCAACUAUCACGACAGCUGGGAGACGCGAAGCAGCUACCCUGAGAGAGACAGAUACCCUGAAAGAGACAGCAGAGAGCAAGCAAGAGAUUCUUCCUUUGAGAGAAGACAUGGGGAGAGAGACCGUCGUGACAACAGAGACAGAGAUCAAAGACCAAGCUCACCAAUUCGACAUCAGGGAAGGAAUGACGAGCUUGAGCGUGAUGAAAGAAGAGAGGAACGAAGAGUAGACAGAACGGAUGAUAGAAGAGACGAAAGGGCUAGGGAGAGAGACCGGGAACGGGAGCGCGAGCGGGAGAGAGAGCGCGAGCGGGACCGGGAGAGAGAGAAAGAAAGGGAACUGGAAAGAGAGCGGGCGCGGGAGCGGGAGCGCGAGAGAGAAAGAGAGAAGGAGAGAGACCGGGAGCGAGAGCGAGACCGGGAGCACGACCGAGAGAGGGAGAGAGAGAGAGAGCGCGACCGGGAGAAAGAGCGGGAGCGCGAGCGCGAGGAGCGGGAGCGGGAGCGCGAGCGGGAACGGGAACGGGAGCGCGAGCGCGAGCGGGAGAGAGCGAGGGAGAGGGAGCGCGAGCGCGAGCGCCAGAGGGAGUGGGAAGACAAGGAGAAAGCUCGCGAGGACCGCAGGGAAAAGCGGGAAGACGUCCGGGAAGACCGGAACCCCCGAGACGGCCACGAGGAGAGAAAGUCCAAGAAGCGCUAUAGAAAUGAAGGGAGUCCUAGCCCUCGUCAGUCACCUAAGCGCCGGCGAGAGCAUUCUCCUGACAGUGAUGCCUACAACAGUGGAGAUGAUAAAAAUGAAAAACACAGACUCUUGAGCCAGGUUGUUCGACCUCAAGAAUCACGUUCUCUUAGUCCAUCACACCUUACAGAAGACAGACAGGGUAGAUGGAGAGAAGAUGAUCGUAAACCAGAAAGAAAAGAAAGUUCAAGGCGCUAUGAAGAGCUAGAUUUCAAAGAGAAAGUUUCUUCUGUAGAUAAGCAGAGAGAACAGACAGAAAUCACAGAGAGCUCCAGAACUCGUUCACAAGACCUGACAGGACACCACCCAUCCGAAGAUCGAGACAUCUCUGAUGGAGCUCAUGAGGAGAACAAGAGAAAAGCAAAGAUUCAAAAGAAACCUAUUAAGAGAAAGAAAGAUGAUGAUGUUGGAAUAGGGAGGGGAAACACAGAGACAGUGUCUGAAGAUGGUCAAGUAUUUUCACCAAAAAAAGGACAGAAGAAGAAAAGUGUUGAAAAAAAGCGUAAGAGGUCCAGAGGUGAUUCUGACAUCUCUGAUGAAGAAACCGUGCAGCAGAGUAAGAAGAAAAGAGGCCCGAGGACUCCACCUAUCACAGCCAAAGAGGAACUGGCUGACAUGUCCAAUGAUAAGGAUGGCGCUCUAGAGGACCCUCAGAAGAAAGAAGAUACAGCGUUCAGUGACUGGUCUGAUGAGGACGUGCCUGACCGCACGGACAUGACAGAGCCAGAGCAUGCUGCCACUGCCGCCACCCCUGGAAGGACCCCUUCCCCAUCUUCUCUCCCUCCUCCCCCGCCUCCUCUGGCUGCUGCCGCGACCACCCCUGCCUCGGCCUUCAGCACAUCGACCACCACCAUUUCCACUUCCGCCCUCCUCACCACCAAUACCUCUUUUACCAAUGAAGACUCCCAUAGGAAGUGCCACAGAACACGAGCGGAAAAGGUAGAGGCGCCUCAUGUUACUAUAGAAGACGCACCACAUCGCAAGCCAGUGGAUCAGAAGCGGAGCAGCAGCCUCGGCAGCAAUCGGAGUAAUCGCAGUCACACCUCUGGCCGUCUCCGCUCCCCAUCCAACGACUCUGCUCAUCGAAGUGGGGAUGACCAGAACGGUCGAAAGAGAGUGCUGCAUAGCGGCUCAAGAGACAGAGAAAAAACCAAAAGUCUGGAAAUCACAGGAGAGAGAAAAUCCAGGAUUGAUCAGCUAAAGCGUGGAGAACCUAGUCGAAGUACUUCCUCAGAUCGCCAGGAUUCAAGAAGCCAUAGUUCCAGAAGAAGUUCUCCUGAGUCAGAUCGACAGGUCCACUCAAGAUCGGGGUCGUUUGAUAGCAGAGAGAGGCUUCAAGAGCGCGACCGUUAUGAGCACGAGAGAGAGCGGGAGCGAGAAAGGAGGGACGUGCGACAGAGAGACUGGGAGCGGGAUGCCGAUAAAGAUUGGCCCCGGAAUAGGGACCGGGACCGACUGCGGGAACGGGAGAGGGAACGGGACAAGAGGAGAGACUUGGACAGGGAGAGGGAGCGACUACUCUCCGAUGCCCUGGAAAGGGACCGGGAGAGGGACAGGGACAGGACGUUUGAGGGUUCUCAAGUAGAGUCUGUAAAACGCAGUGAAGUCAAGCUGGAGAGUGAACAUGACCGAGACCUAGAAGGUGGUUCCCGAGACUCUGGAGCUUUGGAUAAAGAAAGGCUGGAUAAAGAUCUGGGAUCUGUGCAGGGAUUUGAAGAUACAAGUAAAGCUGAGAGGGCUGAGAGUGUGGAAGCAGGAGACGACGAAUCCAAGCUAGAUGAUGCGCAUUCAUUGGGAUCUGGUGCUGGAGAAGGAUACGAGCCAAUUAGCGAUGACGAACUAGAUGAAAUUCUGGCAGGUGAUGCUGAAAAGCGGGAGGACCAACAGGAUGAGGAGAAGAUGCCAGAUUCCACAUAUAAAAGAAAUGCGGAUGGGUGGGAGCACUUGCCUAAGACCUCUUUACUAUUUUCCUUUGAUCCGCUAGAUGUGAUAGACGUGGAUUGGUCUGGUCUUAUGCCAAAGCAUCCAAAAGAACCACGAGAGCCUGGGGCCGCGCUCUUAAAAUUCACACCUGGAGCUGUUAUGCUGCGAGUUGGCAUUUCUAAAAAGUUGGCUGGUCCUGAGCUCUUUUCGAAAGUCAAAGAAACAUGUCAGAGACUUUUAGAAAAGCCCAAAGAUGUAGACAGUCUCUUUGAACAUGAACUUGGGGCUCUCAACAUGGCUGCAUUACUACGAAAAGAGGAAAGAGCAAAUCUGCUUAGUAAUCUUGGACCGUGUUGUAAAGCACUAUGCUUCAGACGGGAUUCUGCAAUCCGAAAGCAGCUUGUUAAAAACGAGAAGGGCACUGUAAAACAAGCUUAUACAAAUGCUCCAAUGGUAGACAAUGAACUGUUACGACUGAGUCUUCGAUUAUUUAAGCGAAAGACCAUGUGCCAAGCCCCAGGACCUGAAAAGACUGAAGAUAAUAAACUUUCACAGUCCAGUAUCCAACAGGAACUGUGUGUGUCUUAAGACUGAAGUCCAGGUACAUUUUUGGUACUAUUUUCCUUCAGCAGUGUGUAUUCUUUUUCAGAGUUCUGUGGUUUGACAAGCAUUAUUAGUGACGAAGACAGAAAAGACUUACCAGCCAUGCUAAAAAUAGCGAACUUUUGAUAAAGUUUAAAGACACUAGUUUGGCGAGCUUAAGAUUUUACAUCAAUUUUUACACCGUCCAAAAUAAUGUGAAAGCAUCUAGAUUGAGUUGUUUAUUCUGUACCUUUUGGUAAAACUGAAGCUUUUGAAAACAGUUGUCCUUACGCUUCUAGCCUACACAGAUUUUUUAUGAAAUGGAGCCAGAGCCACUGACUUACAUACUGGAUCAUCCUUACUGUUUCUGGAGAAAAUCGCAGUUUCUGUGUGUUCACUGAAUGCACACACGCCAUGCACCACUGUGAUGCACAGGACACAGAGGGGUGCUGCUGUGUGUACGCCGGCCUCCCACAGGAGCAAGCCACAAUCCUGUUUUCUCUAAUUCUAAGCAGAACUACUUAAUGCCUCUUCAGUUUUUUAAAAUAUAUGUGCAUUGUUACAAUGUAUAUUGGAUAUAUUUCGAUUCUCAAUGGUUUUGUUAUCAGAGAUUGUCAACUAUUUUUAUUUUUAAUAAAUGUACCUUCCCUUUCCUUGUUCUAGAUUUACUUUGUUCAUUAAUCUUAUUCUUGUUGUUCAAAAAUGUUUGUUACCAACAUUACAUGUUUCAUACUUCAGAUAUUUUACUGCUCGAGUUAUUGGACAGCUGUAAAUAAUGUGAUAAGAGUUGAGGAUGUACUUUAAGUAUGGCUCAGUAAUACGUGAAACAAACCAUACUUUUCAGAACUGUAACCUUUGAUUAUAUUAACCUGCCUCUAACCUGUAAUAUAUAAAACAAUUUAAUUUUUAUAAGUUACAGUAUAUCUGUUUUAUUUUGUAUGUACAUAUUUAACUCAUGAAGUGGACUCUUAGAAGUAUCUGAAAUGAACUCCAAACUACAGAAUUUGUGGGCAGACAAUAAAAAUGAUGACGGAAACCAAUCAAAAUUGUAAUUUGCCAAUUGCCUUUCACAGGUUUUUGUUAAAACUGUAAUUCUGCAUUACCUGUCUCAGUAGUGUUGUACCUUUUCUCUAUGGGUAAUAUACUGUAACAGGUUGAAAGUUUAUAUUCAGGAACAUUCAUUGUAGUCAUUGUGCACUUAAUUUUUAUAAAAUGCUUACCCAGCAAAGAAAGUAGUCAUAUUUCCAAAUGACCUGCAAAGCAUGUAUAAGAAAAUAGCAAGUAGCAAAGCAAAAACCAAAAAGGUAAGCAAAAAGAUUUUUCAGGUGUCUGUUUCUUCUUACCAAUUGGUAAAUCUUUUGAAUAAGGAAAAAAUGUAAAAUUCUUUAAUGACCUGGAGAAUGAAUACCCUUUAGAAAAUUACCUUCUGUUUUAGUGGAUAAUACUGUUCUCUGUAGCAUAAAGAUUUAAAGUCCUAGAUUCUCUGAGUUCAAAGAAAUGUGGAGUAUAACAAAAGUUAUGGUUAUCCUGUUCUGUCCAGUGGCUUUUAGGAGUAUUUCACAAGUUAUUUCUUUACAGAAUGAAAACUAUAUAGGUAGAUUUGCCAUUUAGUCAAAUCUGUUGCCUUUUUAGUUUGAAUAUCUUCUGUUAUGUUGUAAAAGAAAAAUUUUAAACUCUUUUUUUUGCGUAGUCACAGUACUCAGAGCUUUAUGCUCCCAAUGGGAAUGUAGUGUUAUGUCUCAUAAUAUUUUUAAAUUUAAACAUUCUGUGUAUUGCUAGUCAUAUACUCAUAAAGUUUUUCUAAAGCAAACUUUUGUUGGAUUUUCCAUAAAAUUUCUUGGACCAGUAUUCGUGGAAACAUCUUUUGAUCUAUAAACUAUUUGUUAGUAAAGUCUUCUGUCUUGUAACUGAUGAAGUUUGUCCACUUGCCACAAUUGGACUCUAGCUGCUUGCAAUAAGAAGUUGUCCAGCUAGAGAAGAGGCAAGACUAUGUCUGCAGUCCACAGUAAAUAAAAUGAGAGUUAACAGAUAACUUAA